GGGAACACUCUUGAGCUUCGUCAUGGGAGCUGUAGUAGCUGAUGAUGGUCCAUCUGGUGUUAAAGCCCCUGAUGGAGGCUGGGGCUGGGCUGUCCUUUUUGGCUGUUUUAUCAUCACAGGAUUCUCCUACGCCUUUCCUAAGGCAGUUAGUGUCUUCUUUAAAGAACUUAUCCGGGAAUUUGGCAUUGGAUAUAGUGACACUGCAUGGAUUUCCUCCAUUCUGUUGGCCAUGCUUUAUGGAACAGGUCCACUCUGUAGUGUAUGUGUCAAUCGCUUUGGCUGUCGCCCUGUCAUGCUGGUGGGUGGCCUUUUUGCCUCAAUGGGGAUGGUGAUAGCCUCCUUCUGCACGAGCAUCGUUCAGAUCUAUCUAACUGCAGGUGUGAUUACUGGUUUGGGUCUGGCACUAAACUUUCAGCCUUCACUCAUCAUGUUAAACCGCUACUUUGACAAACGCCGGCCCUUAGCCAACGGGCUGUCAGCUGCUGGGAGUCCAGUAUUUCUUUGUGCUCUCUCACCGUUGGGGCAGAUACUACAACACGAGUAUGGCUGGAGAGGAGGAUUCCUUAUACUGGGUGGGAUGCUGCUCAACUGCUGCGUAUGUGGAGCAUUAAUGAGACCUUUGGAGCCGCCCAAAAAGUCUGAAGCUACCAAAGAACCAGCUGAGAAGAAAGUGAAGAAAAAACUUCUGGAUUUCAGUGUGUUUAAAGAUGGUGGUUUUGUAAUCUACACACUAGCAGCAUCUAUCAUGGUGCUUGGCCUCUUUGUUCCCCCAGUUUUUGUUGUGAGUUAUGCCAAGGAUUUAGGGUACCAAGACACCAAAGCAGCUUUUCUUCUGACUAUUCUGGGAUUCAUUGAUAUCUUUGCUCGGCCUAUUUGUGGAAUGGUAGCUGGUCUUAAAUGGGUCAGACCACGCUGUGUCUACCUCUUCAGUUUUGCUAUGGUUUUCAAUGGCUUUACAGAUCUCAUGGGUUCUAUGUCUGUUGAUUAUGGUGGCCUGGUGGUCUUUUGCAUUUUCUUUGGCAUUUCUUACGGAAUGGUAGGUGCUCUUCAGUUUGAAGUUCUCAUGGCUAUUGUUGGUACUCAAAAGUUUUCCAGUGCUAUCGGUUUAGUGCUCCUGGCAGAAGCUAUGGCUGUUCUAAUUGGUCCACCAUCAGCGGGAAAACUCUUGGAUGCAACAGGAAGGUACAUGUUUGUUUUUAUUAUUGCUGGAAUUGAAGUUACCACCUCAGCACUCGUACUGGCCUUGGGAAAUUUCUUCUGCAUUAAGAAAAAAUCAGAAGAACCACAUACAAAAGAAGCAGCAGCAGAAAGAGAGGAAUUAAACAAAUCUGAAGACAAAAAUCCUGAUGAUGCCAAGGUGGACUCUAUUGAAGUAGAGCAGUUUCUGAAAGAUGAGCCUGAAAAAAAUGGCGAAGUUGUAACUAACCCAGAAACGUGUGUGUGAGCAUGACAGGAAACCGACAAAGUGUUUAGAAAAGAAAGAUUUUCAACACUAUUUAUUUUAGAAAUAGAACUAGUUUAGGGCUGGGCCAUCUGCUUUACUAACUGGAGGCCGGUCAGCUCAUCAGGUCUCUCUGGAAGCUGAUUAGCUAGACAACCUUUUAUCGGAAAAUUAGCUUUAUCAGUAAAAGGUGGAGCAUUGUGGUUAUACUUUUUAUGUAAACUAAAAAGCUUUUAUAAACACAAGUAGAGUCUUGCUAUGCAUCACCAGAAACUGUUCACUUGGAAGAGAUAUAGGAAGAAUAUAUUUUAAGAAAAGUGGAAUUGUAUGUAUGUUUUCAGACAAUAUUGGUGAAAUCGCUGUGUUGUGUGGCUAAAUAUAAUUUCCCUUUCUGUGUUCUUUGUGAAGGGGAAAGAGUUUGAGAUGGAGAAAAAUCUCAGGAACUUAAAGGUCUCCAUAGGUUUUUGAAUUUCUUACUUUUUUAGAUUUUUAGAUUAAUUGGCUCAGCCCUAAUUUAAUUUUGAUAAUAUCUGUUACUUUGAUUUAUGUAAAUGUAUUUCUGAGUUUUGUCUAAACCUGUAAUCUUUGUAAUUAUCAUCUGGAAAUACUGUACGUGGAAGGGCACAUUACAGAUACUGUCCUCAGCAGAUCACACAAGUGGUGUUCCAAGGUAGUACUGAAAGAAAAGAAAAUGAGCAGAAUGGAUCCUGACAGACUGUAAGCAAACAAAGUUAGCCUGUGUUUACAUACACGGUUUUCAGUAGUUUCCCUGAAGCUUUGAAAAAUACUACAUGUAACAUGGAGAAGACGGAUAUUAGGUUUAGUAGAAUCUUCUGAAAGAGUGUCCAUUUUGUAUAUAAAAAACAGUGUAAGUUUCCAGAUGACCUAUAAAUUAGAGUGGGUAGACUUAGGGAAGGGACUGGACUAUUUUGAAAGGUUACCCAUCUUUAAAAUGCAAUGUUAGCCACAUAGGAAGGUCUUAACGUGUGUGGUUGGGGUUUUUUUGGUUGGGUUUUUUUUUAUUCACCCCACUUGCCUAUCCUUUUGCUUAAUCUAUAGAAGUUCAAGGUUCCAUUCUUGCUGGUUGAGGAAACAUGAUAGAACUGUUGAUCAUAUUUAUGACAGCAAUGCAUAAGGACCAAUCAAGAAUGGGGUCGGCUCUGCUACUCGUGGCACAAACAGAACGGGGAGUCUCUGGCCAGUCUGUAAAUCUUCUCUGACAUUGGUAUGGGGGAAGGAGAAGAAACAGAAGCAGAUCAGACGAGGCAGUGACAGCACAUUUGAAGAAACACGGAAAGGGAAAGGAUUCAUUUUGAUGACACUGAAUAGAAAAGGAAAGUAAAAGAAAGGCAUUCUAUAUAUUCUUUUUUUUUCUUCACCCAAACACAUUCAAGAAAUGUAAUCUUUUAUACAGAAUCAUGCUACUGCAACCUACCUUUCAGAUAUGUUUAUAAAAAGCUCUCUAGGCUUUGCGACUGCAGUAACAAUCUUCAAAACAGACUAAUUGUAACAGAUUCAGUUUUCUUGUUGAUAGCAAAGGAAUAUUGGCUUUCAGGUGCCAAAAUUGUGCCACUUAAUAACUGAAAACUAAAAGACCCUAAUCCCUUAAAACCCCAUAUCCCUUUUAAAAAUAACAUCGUUAGUUGUUUCAUACUUGACCCUUUUAACAGAAGCAUACAGUAAAUCCAACUAAGUGCCAAAACCAUGAACCAUUACCUAAUGGCACUAUCUCGGAUACCAGCUUCCAUUCUAGUAGUUUCUUCAGAAUAGUUUUGCAUUGUUAGGACAACCUUGCACAGAAAUUGAAGUUAGGAUCAUGACAGGUUUUUUUGAUUCAUUUUAAAAAGAAAUGGAUGCUGCACUGAAUAAACUGUUUAUUUUUAUAUCGCA